UCUACCAGUACCUCCACCAGCACCCCCGCCACAAUCCCUGGGUCAUGACCACCACCAGCACCCUACCUGCAUGAGCCCCGGGUACAUCGCCGAUUACCUCCCGGGCCAGGAUCGGAUCAUGCGCGCGACGCGCGACUACAAUAUGGGCGAAACAAUUUUCACGGAAGAACCGGUGAUGGUCGCUCCGGGCUGCGAUUUUCCCCACCGGAAUUUUUUCAAGAAACCGUGGAGCGAAUUGGAAAAGGAAAUGUAUCCUGUGCAAAAACGUCCCCACCCCAUAGUCAAGAUGGGAAAUCUGCUACACAAAUCCACAAGUUUUAGCUGUCAAGCAUGACAAGUUCUGGCUCGUAGUGUAAUCCUGUUUACCUCGUUCAGAAGCAUCACAAAUCUAGCCUACCAUGCUGAUUGGAGCAUUACAAAUUCCAAAACACAGCUAGAGAAUACCUGCCAUGGGGCUCCGCAUGAGAAACAUUUUGAGCAUGCGUUUUUGCACGGCAACUCUGGGGUGGGGGCGUUUUUACUCAGGAUAAAAUGUUUCUUUUCGUCAACGAAUGGAGAUUGGAGAAAGUCCGGGAAAUUGAAGAGGAUAAAAAAGAAGAAGCAGCUCAGGACAAUAAAUCCUUUGGAAAAAAAACCAGCGUCCUAGUCGAUUCCCACACGACCUACUGUACGAAUGUCUUCAAAAAUAUCCAGGAAAAAAACUGUGUAAGUGUAACUUUGUAGGAAGAUCAGCAGCACAAAUUCGUUUUGCAUUACAGGGAAAACCUGUCAUGCGCAGCUAGUACGUGGAAACACCUAUGAAAGUGGCCUAUGACGCACCUCUAGCAUGACGAGUGUAAACAGUUUAGCAUUUCCUGCAUCACAGACUUACAGCUACACAGUUUUUUUUGUUGCAUACAAAACCUACACGACAGUUCAGUCGAGACGUUUUUGCUGCUCAAGCAAUUCAUGCAAGAGGGGGACGAAAUCCACUGCGAAGAAGAUAUUCGCUUACCUUUCGAACGACAGCGACGAACAGAAGAUUAUCUGACAGACUCCGAGUCCGAAGAUGAGGCAGAAACUACAGGCAAAAACAUGAAGAAUUCAUCUGAAUCUGAAAAUCAGAAUUCCACAUCAAAAUCGAAACCCCCGACGACCCUCCACACGCGGACCUUCCACCAAUUUUUGAAAAGAGCGAAAGUCCGGGGAAUGAUGUUUGAUUCCAUGAAUCCGGAGUCCCUCGGAAGUGCGUGGGGUUUCAUCGGAUUCUUCGCGCAGUUUCUGAAAAGUAUUCUAGAGCAAGCAAGCGUCGGGGAGCAGGAGUGGCUGAGAAAGCAACCCAGUUGCUUCCCGGAGGCUUUUUCAUCCGGCGGGGAACAAUGCGAUAGUGAAAUGCAAAUGCCGGUGGACCAGGAACAGGAUGCAGCCAUGGUAGACUCCGCCGUCGAAAAAAAGUCUGGUGACGCAGGUGGGAUAACUACGCAAGAGGAUGCUCUUAAGGACGAGAAGAAAGAGAAAGUCUCAAGCGACAAUAAAACUCCUGCCAAAAACAACGAUAUCCUUAUCCACCCCGCGGCUCGUUACAUCAAGUACAGCAGACUAUCGACCGACCAAACCUUUUCCACAGCCGAGAAAAGAGAAUUCUACCAAACGACCAUGAAAAACGAGGCGCGGCGCUACGCGAAGGAAUUCUGUAGUUACUUGUUUACGCACUUGGACAGAUUGAAAAACGAGUUCUCGGACGAGCUGGAGCAAACCUGGCUCGCCCAGGUGGAGAAGGUAGAGAAAACCCGGCCGUGCUACAAUUUCGACGAGUGUGACCCGAGGAAAAACAACUGCUUGAUGAAUUACCCGGAAGUGUAUGAGAUUCGGAAAAACAACAUGAGCGCAGCGGGUGGAGGGACAAAUCCGACGGCUUUUGUCUGCCCGCAAGAUUGGGACGGGUUCGGGCAGUUGCAGCGUUUUUUGGAGCAAAAAGCGGAAAACUCGACGCCGUUGAAGUUGUAUCCUGUGCAAAAGUAUCGUACUCGUAGGUACUAAUUGCGUUUAUGCAUUACAAAUCUUUUUCUUUAGGCAAAUCGGCAUUACAAAUUAUAUUUGUAAUGCUAAGUGAAUUUCUAAUGCAAUUUAUACUAGUACGACUACGAUGCUUUUGCAUUGCAUAAGCUGGCGAGUCGAGUGAAGGAUUACUUGCUGUAUAAGGAAAUGAAGGACAGGAUUCCGUUCCUGAGUCAGGAAGAUCUCAUGGGGAAAUACGAUGGUACGAGGAACGCGAAUAUUACACCGGCGACUGGUGGACCAACGACCGGAGCUAGUUGUAGUCCACAGGAAGAUUCUGGUUCUGCCGGCACAAGCAGCAUGACGCCGAAGAUGAUGGCCUCAGAAGAUUCAGUUUCAACAACCGAAGCUUGUUAUGAACUGCAAAAGUAUCGUACUCGUACAAAUGCAUUACAAAUUUCCUCAGCAUGAGAAAUAUAAAUUUGUAAUGCGGGUUUACCUUAAGAGCAAGAUUUGUAAUGCAUGUUUGCGAUUACUACGAGUACGAUACUUUUGCACAGGAUACUUGUUCAGGUUUGCAAAUCGGGUCUGAAUUCUGCGUGGCCUCCCUGGUGAACGAAGACCCGGCGUACACGUACGAAUUGCAAAUAAAGCAUCGUACUAGUUGUACUAAUCGCAUUACAAAUUUGCUCAGCAUGACAGAUGGAAUUUCUCAUGCUGACUUACCUUGAAAAAGAGAUUUGUCAUGAUACAUAAAUGCGAUUACUACGAACGAGUGCGAUACUUUUGCACAGGAUAACACGGGCCGGGUGACACUGGCGUCUGGGGAGACGGUUUGUGAGGUUGAUAAAACUGCAACGGCGGGUGAUAAAAGAGGUAGUUCUAAUUCUUGCACAAGUACAACAACCAUGUCUGCCCCCCACCGGGAGAAGCUGCUGAAGAAGUACUCCGAAUUUCUGAAAAAAGCAGAAAAAGAUUUGCAGCUGCAAACCGAGGACGCCGUGCGGAAGUACGCGAAGUCGAUUAUGGUGUUUGAUCCGCCAGGGAGUACUUCUAGCGGUUGUGUUGACACCAGCGGCUCAGCUCCUGCAGAGCAUACAGGUACAUCAACUCGUGCAGGGGAUGAGCCAUCAUCUACCCCGGCUCGGGUUGAUGCUAGUCAGGCACUACCCGGAUCUGGAAAUAAGGACUCGCCCGUCCAAGAACAGCAGCCGGAGGCUCUAGUCCUGCCAAAAAUCAAGACGAAGAAUAAGAAAAAGAAGCAGGAGCUGAAAUUACUGCAGGAGAAAAUGCUGGAACAAUUUGAGGAAGAGAAAAACAAGACGAAGAAAACCUCGAUGGAGAAGAAACUGCUGCAGAUUCUGGACGAUUUGAACCAGAUUCUCGGUUUGGUACUGGAAGACGAGGACGAAGAGGAGGCGGCAUUUUUCAAAGAAUGCGCCAAAGAUUACCAGGAGCACGUUGACAGAGUAACGUCGCGGAUGGAGCAGGAAACGAAAAACUUUCUGGCAGAAACCCGAGUAUCAACGGCAAAAAUGUCUGGGUCUGGAAGGAUGCGAACUUGUCAUGCAGAUUUUCCAUGACCCAUGAGGUCUGGAAUCGGGACUUAGCUUGACAGACUCUCCGAGGUCUCUGCCAUGCCUCUCAUGCAUGAGAAACUACCUCCCAACUUGGUCGAAAUUGGACAGCUUUUGGCACUCAUGCAACACAGAUUUUUGUAUGCUUAAGAUUUACCAUGACAAGUUGAAGUUAUCACCUUCCAGACCCAGACACAUUUGCCAUUCAUAUCGAGCAGUCGGACAAGAUUUGGCGGCGGAGUCUGCUGCAUUGCAGAGGAAUGUUUUACUGGGAAUAAAUCCUGUUCCACCCGACCAAAACGGCAAUAACCAUACCGUCAACGACUGGCUGAACCCACUGAAAUUCGCGUCUCAACUUGUCACCCUGCAGCAAUUUCACAAGCAGAGGGCCCUGGACCUGCGGAAAAAGUGGUACCGAAGCAAGGAGUACGAAUUUGAGAAGACAUAUGGGGGUGUCAGGAUUGAAAUCGUCAAAGUUGAAAUUGUUUGUAAUGCAUAAAAUCGAUGCCAGCUGAAGCCCAAUUUCCCAGCGGCGCAUGACAAAUUUCGGCACCGUCUGAAGCCAGUUUGUCAUGCUGUUGAGGGACAGCAGGCGCCUUUUGUCGUGCUACUUUAGCAGCUCUAUUCCAAAUCCGAAACAGGCUCACAAUCGGCCUCAUUUGCAAUCCUUGCAAGAGAGGCACUUCAUGUCUUGCAAUUUCUGCAUGAGAAAUUAUUUCAACUUUGAGGAUUUCAAUCCUGACGCUUCCAUAAGACAAUUCGGCACAGCGGGGGCAGCACGCGGAUCGUUUCGGGCAGUGAUGUAUGGAUUACAAAAAUGUCUGGGUCUGGAAGAAUGCAACUUGUAAUGCGUAUUUCAGAACACGGAAAAGUCUCUCAUGCAUACGUAGCAAAAGCUGCCCACUUUCUGUCAGCAAAAUAGGGGAUUUGUCAUGCGGAUUCGGCAUUGCGGAAGCUUCUCGAAACCUGUGAUGCUAGAGCUUCCAUGCCAGGCCUUCUGUGUCAUGCAAAAACAGCAUGACUCUUUCAGACCCAGACAUUUUUGCAUUUGAUAUGAUGGGCCGGUGAACAAGGGGAAGAAGUUUACAAGGGCGCACGUGCACGGGUUAGCAGCUCUGCUGAGCGUCUGGGAUUUGAACGCGUAUGAUAUGGUGAAAGAUAUUAGUACUGUCAACGAGGAGGAAGAGGAGGAGGAUGCAGAUGCUGAAAUCUCGCAUGCGGGAACAGCAACAGAAGGACAACGACAAGCAGACGGAACUACAUCUUCGACAUUGCCACAUCUUCAACAGCAGAACAACACUAUCACCCCGCCUAAAAAGAAAUUCCACAAGGCGAUGAACAUCCGGAAACACAAAAUCGAGAACCUUGACAACACCGACGAUCCCAAGUAUUUCAAGGGGCUGAAUCUGCGGAAGAAUUUUCAGGACACUUACGAAAUCGCCGUGCGAUUGAACGAAGUGGACGAAGAGAAUCACAAUCAUGAUGAAAAGAACCAGCGAGGAAAUAGAACAAGCCCCGGAAAGAUGAGCAGCACUUCUGCUAGCGCCUCUGAAGAUCCACCUACUUCCCGUCGCGCCCUCUUCCCUGAAGUCGCCCUGAUUUCCCACGGCUGUCACCCGAACGUCAUGAUUGACACUUCCGAGAAAAACCACGCGGUCGUACGAGCUGCGAAGAGGAUCAACAAGGGGGAUGUGCUCUAUUCCUGCUACGCGACAAGCACGGCGCAGUUUUUGCAAUUACCGCUUGCUCUCCGCCGAAGAUAUUUAGCCCACAAGCGGAACUUUUUCUGCAUUUGCGACCGGUGUAUUUACGAGGAACGGCGGGAGAAGUAUGAGGUGUAUUGUGGGGAAGUGCUGAAGCUCAAGGACAAAUUGUUGGACACAAUAGUCCCCCCGACGCUGAUCAAAGAAGAGCAUCGCCCGGAGGACGGAGGUCAGGGGUUUUCCGUGAAUGGAGUUCUGAAACCGAGCUUGUUUCAGCAGGAAAAUAAGAAGGGAGGUGGAGAAAAGAAUUCAUGUGCUAUUUCUGGUGGGGGAGGUGGACAAGCCACAGCAGCUUCGUCUGGUAGUUCUUCUUCAUCUGCUGCUGGUGGAUCCUCUUCUACUUCCACAUCAGCUUCGGGAAGUAGUAGUUCUUCUUCCGGCUCCUCUUCAUCUUCCAGUGGCAGUUCUAGUAGCGCAAGUUGUAGCUCCGGCUCCUCUUCCAGUGCUGCUUGCAGCUCCUCGUUCAGCGGUUCCUCUUCCAGCUCCUCCUCCUCGUCUUCCAAACUCGCCCAACACGAGACCGUGCAAUUUCCCCAGGCGCAGGACAACACGAAGAAAACCUGGAAGCAAAACACGUCGGAAGUGGGGUUCACGCGGUUCGUCCAAAUCCUGAACAUUGACGAAGUUUUCAACGAACCGCACUUGUUAAAACGGAACCCGAACUCACACUGGUUCGAGCACUGCUGGGCUCGACAGUCCGGGCGGGAUAAGGACGCGAGUAAAUAUUUACAAUUCGAUCCUAAGACGUUCGGGGCGAAGGUGGAAAACAAAAUGAAGUACAACAACGGGAAGCAGUUGAACUACUCCCAGUGCCACUUCAAAGCCUUGCAACAAAUGGUCGGCCGGGAGUGCAUUUUGCCAGAAACGAAGGCGUUGAUCCCGAUCCCCGACGCUGUGACGGAGGAAAUUAAACAGUUCCGGCGUGUGGGGGAUUUGUGGAAGUUAUGCUUCGAAUACGGGUUGAGGGCGGAAAGUGUUGAGCAGAAAUUGGAAAAUUUCGACAAGCAGUUGUUCGAGGAGACGCUCGGUUCAGAAUACGGCUUCGCGUGGGCGAGUAUUCAGAUGGGGCUGGAGUGCGAAAACUACCGCAGGUUUAUGGACAUGAAUUUCCAAUGGGCUUUGGUGGAAGAGAGGGAAAGGAACAAAUCUCUUCCGAAAAACCAACAGAGUUUUGAGCUGGAAAAGUGGAUGGAACGGCAUUCCUGGGAAGACUGGUAUACCUUAGGCGCGAGUAAGGCGAAAAGCAUGAGUGAGCUUUUUGAGGUAGAAUUCCAGGCGAAACUGGAAAACGCGAACAGCAGUAGUAGUAGUAGUCCUGCUUCCGGUAGUUCCGGAGGAGCUGCGGUCCUUGCGGGUGGUAACAGUAGUACUGCAACAGCAUCAAGUAAAACUUCUUCCUCCAAAACAACUUCUAAAUCGAACACUAAAGCCUCGAACCUUCUUCGUGCCGCCGCCGCUUUUGAGAAAGCCUCGACUGCGCGGCCACCCCUCGCCGAUGCGAUCCGGUUUGGGCACUUUCACAACAUUCGUGAACCGGGUCAGAACGACAUUCGGUAUCUAAACCCGAGAAACGCACCCUUUGGGUUGGGCGGGGGCCGCGGCGGUGGGGCCUCUACAGGUACAGCAGCUUCGGGGAUGAAUAUCUUGUCGGCGCUGGCCCAGAGCGGUGCCAACUUCUUGGCGAGCUCCGUUCAAAGUAGCUCAGACAGCUCGGAAAGGACAAAUGGCGGCAAAAAUAAUUGUCCAGUCGAGAAUAAAAUCUUUCUCCAAUUUGACAAGUGUUCGGACUACCUGCCGUUGGAAAACGACGCCUGGAGUCUCUACGAGACGGACCGAUAUUUGAUGCUGGAAACCAAGCGGUGCGAGUCGAAGUUGUUCAAAUUUGAAAUGUUCCAGCUGGAAUUAUCCCAGUUCCCGCUCUCCUUGUCCCUGGAGGAAUACAUUGCGGAGAUCAUCAAGCCCAACGUUCUAAAACGCGCGUUCGAGGAAUUCAAGGUGAAAGAUUUAGCGAAAGACGGUAAAAACGCCUGUUUAUCCGCGCUAAACAACGGGAAAAGUAAAUUAGAAGCGACGGUGGCCGCAGCGAAGGUGGUUGCGACGAACACAGCGUGGAACAGGAUUAAUUCCAUAUGGAUAUGUCAGAGUUGAAAUCUUCAAAGUUGAAAUGAUUUGCCAUGCAUAAAAUGGAUGUCAGUUGGAACCCAGUUUGCAGGUGGCGCGUGACAAAUUUCGGUGGUCCCUAAAUCCAGUUUGUCAUGCUUUUUAGGCAAAGAAGAGCGAUUUUCUCAUGCUACUUUCGGAGCUCGAGCUGUAACCCCAAACAGGCUUGCAAUCGGCCUCGCUUGCCUGCUCUGCAACACACGCGCCUCGGGUCAUGCAUUUUAUGCAUUACAAAUUGUCUCAACUUUGACGAUUUCAAACCUGACGCUUCCAUAUUCCAGCCCGUCUAACUUGAAUACGUGGGACAAGAAGGGCUUAGCUAGUUCUACUUGCAUCCUGAGUAAAAACGUACCCACACCAGAGUCAAGAUGGGGAUUUUGCAACACAAACCUAGAACUUUUGGGGGUCACGCAUCACAAGUUGCAGUCCGUAUUGUAGUGCAGGUUCGCAAGGCCAGCGGCAUCAGAAAUCGAUCUGCUCAUCCUGUUUACAGCAUUACAAAUCCCAAAACACGACUAAAAAUGCCUCUCCUGGCGAUGCGCAUUACAAAUGUUCCUGUCAUUGCAAAUCUGCAUGACAACUCUGGUGUGGGUACGUUUUUACUCAGGAUAACUUGGGACAGAAAAUUAUCCGAGAAGGAGGAGAAGAAAGUCCGCGACUAUGCGGAGAAGAUUAUCACAAUGAAAAAUGCCCCCUUCCCAUAUCAAAACGGAAAUCUGUGAUGCAGAUUUGUGGUUACAAAUCAGCUUUGUGAUGCUAGAAGGCAAUAAAAGAUGCGGACUGUAGUGCUGCCUAGCGUGGUGGGAACGAAAGCCUUGCAGCUCCAGGAUGACAGGAGGCAACUGGAAGUGGGAAACAGCAUGACAGAUUACCUGCAAUUUGGGCCGCAGCUUCGUCUCUUGGCCUUCUAGCAAUACAAGUCGAUUUGUGUACUCAAAUACAGCAUCACGAAUUCGCGCAUCUUCCGUUUCCAAUAUGGGGUGGGGGCUUUUUUCACUUUGAUGAAGAUGUUUUUGGAGGAAAACUUCCGGCAGCAUUUCAGCCUUUUUUCCGAGACGCAAAACGCAGAGGAGAGCUUAUUACCUAACUUCUCUACUGCGAAAGUGUUUGACACGGUCCGGGAGGAUAUCAAGGAGCGGGGGCACGUGGAGCACCCGGUGAAACGGUUGUCGAACGACGAGACAAGCUUUUUGCUAGCGGUUAUCGAGUUUGAGACACAGGCGAAGUUCGUGAUUGAGCAGCUGGCGCUGCACUGGACAGCAAUGGAGCAUGAAAAUUCGCUAUUCGGAGGGGAGCAGAAUGAAGAUGAGGUUGCGGAUUUGAGGAAGUCAUGUAGUAGUUCUAGCGGGAAUUAUAACUACACUUCUGAAUUUGACCCGAUGUUGUCACUUGUUCAGGAGCAGCCGCAUGAGAAGCUGUGCUAUUACGAUCGCGAUUUGGAGACGGAGUUGAUGCGGCGGGCACUAGUAGUUUCAUCCAGUGGAGAGGACGACCUCACCGAGCAGCAAGAACUACUCGAAAAUGAAGACUCUGCGAGAGUAAAAGACACCACAUCAAUGCACUUCUCUCUCCAAAACGUGAAAGCCACACUUGAUGACUACACGGAAAAUUUGGACAAAAAAACGCACAAGGACUACAUUUCAUCAUCCACCGGGCAGACAACCUCCCAAACGGCGAGUGUAAUCGAGGUCUUAGAAGAGGAAGUGUCGAGGGAAGAGUUGCGACAAGUUUACGGUGGAACAAAUCAAGAUCAACAUGUGUCAUCAAAAAUAAAUACCUCCUCUACCACUUCCUUCCCCGCGACCGUAAAGGACAAGCUGCAGUCCAUCAUCCGCACGAACCCAAACAUCGAGGAAUUUGUCUACCAUUUACUGGCAAAAGACAUCGCGGUCCUUGACAAGUUUAACUUCGACCUCUGCAGUCUCACUCCCGAGAAGGAGAAAAUCCGUUUCACGUACCAACAAAUUUUGGAGAUCCUCGUAUCCUCAGUAAAAACAUUCCCACUCGCCCAGAGUUGUCAUGCAAAUGCGCAUUGACAGGAACAGUUGUAAUGCGGAGCUCCAUGAGAGGCAUUUCCAAUUGUGUUUUGGAAUUUGUAAUGCUGCAAACAGGACGAGAAAAUGGCUUUCUCAUGUGGCUUCCCUUGCCAACCAGCUCCAGCACUACACUGCAGAGGAAAAGAACUUGUCAUGCACAGCUUCCAAAACUUGGAGAUUUGUGUUGCUAGAUUCCCAACUUGACUAUUGGGUGGGGACGUUUUUGCUUAGGAUACCUCGACCGAAUCGAAAAGUCUGCGCAGGAUUUGCUGAAUGAGAAGAAAUUCUACCGGCGGAAAAUGAUGUACUCGGUUAUCCACAGGGAAUUUCCCGUACACGUACAAAUGCGGCCUCUGCAUGACAAAACUUGACUUCGAUCCUAGUUUAGCAUGACAAGUUUAUAUUACCCUUUAAAUUGGUGAAAUUUGUGAUGCAUGUUGUACAUGUACGGAAAAUUUGUAUUGCAUAUCGGUACAUGAAAGAAAAGCGACGGUGAUGCAGGAAAACAUUCAACUCGAAGCCAGGCAGAACAAAUUGUCCGCAGAGAAGGAGCUGGAAAUGGCGAGAAAAGCGACACGGAAACACGAAGUCGAGAAGUCGGUGGCGUUAAAAUAUUUGAAUGAUUUGGAGAUUGUCGAGAAGAAAAAUUGUGCCUGGAUGUUUUCUUUUUUCGCGGAUUUGAAGUACAAACUGCUGAAGGAAGCGUGGGAAGAAGGCGAGUUGCGGAAAGAAAUUGAAUUGAAAACCGUGUUGGAGAAGAAAAAAGUCAGCAGGCAGGAGGCAGAGGAGAUAAGAAUGAAACAGCAAAGGGAGAAGGAAGAAAGUGACGCAGCUGCGGCUGCCGCUGCCGCUGCGGCUGCAACAGCUUCUCCGGCCGUUCCAGCCUGCUCCAACAGGGCAAGCCCUGAAGAUGCAGCACGAAUGCCGCGCAACGAAGACGUUGAAAACGAGGAUCAUAAGCGCCUAUUACCACCACGAUCUCCCCAGGACAAAGACACAAGCAAAGGACAACUACAUCUGAAGAAGAAAACAAAGACAAUCGACACCCGCUCGUUAUCGAUGCGUGACCAGCACGGGAAUGUGCUAGAGCUCUUUCCCGAAAUCGACGUCAAAACAGGGAAAGAGAUUUGGGUUUCUAAAGUCAACGACCCCACGGGGCAAAAUGUGCCGAAAAAUUUAGAAGAGGAGCAAAACUCUCGACUAGUGAUUCCCGGUUCCGUCGUCGAGAAAAUCAAAGCCGCUAGUAAAAACAGCCCGGGAGAGUCUGCGCGACUGAUGCAGCAACAUUUAGCCAAAGACCGGUUGGAGAAAAUGAAAGCCAAUUUCCGCAAGCACAACGAGGGAAUUUUAUCGGAAGCACAAAUUCAAGAAGAAUUAACCAUUAUGACCCAGUGGUCUGCUGCGCAGGACCUCGUGGACGAAGCGUUCGUGCGGAUGGAUGCGACUUUACGGACACCGCUCAUGAUGUAUUUCGCGUAUUUGCAGGACGAUAGAAACUUCGUGAUAUUGGAUUGUUUUGACAAAACGAAGCUGAAUAGAGAGUCGGUGAAUUACAACCCGCGGAAGAACAGAAAGAACAACCACAGUUGUAAAUUGAGUAAGGAAGACUUUGAAGAGGCCACGCUGAUUUGGCAGGAUCUGAUAUGCAAGAAAAAAAUUGUUUCACUGUGAUGAUUUUGCAAGAUCUGCAUUACAAGUUUGUUGCACAUGACACACAAUAUUUGCCAUGCGUGCUUCCCAAGGGAAAACACGCUUGAAAACCCAAUGUCUUGCAGGUGUAGCAAGACAGAGACUUUGGUGCUUCGUUUUCUGCAUCACAAGUUCACAGUGAAACAGUUUUUUCCUGCGAUAUCUGAUGGACAGAUUGUUGGAAGAAAAUCCGGAAGCGGCGGACGUGAUUUAUAAGCGGGGGAACAAAAAAGAUAAAGAACUUGUCCAGCAGGAGCAGAAUGAGGAACAUGAGCAUGACAACAAGCCGCGGGCAGGAGGAGCGUCUGGAAGCAGAAGUGCUGCUGUGUCCUCUUCUACUAGUACCUCGGUACUUCCUGAGCUGCCAUGUGCUGCUCCCUCGACUACUGCCACCACGACAACUCCUACGAGUGAGAACCUCAAUCAAAACGCAAGCUCUAGUAGUACUGCAGCCUCUACUUCGACGUCUGGCUCCGGAGGCGCCACGUCCUUUUGGGACAAGAAGAAGCCACUGAAAAAGAAGCAGAAACAGAAUCCAACGGAAGAAACCACCAGUAGUGCUUCUAACAACAGCACGCUGAGCAUGGAAGUGGACCAACUCCAACAACAUGUUGCCGACCAUCAGAACCAAACCGACACCACGGAGAUCGUGACGAUUGAGAAAAAGAUCCCCCAGAUCGUCUUCACCCGCGUGAGACACGACUGCAUGAUGCUAUCAAAUGCAAAUAUACCUGGGUCUGGAAGUAGAUGCAAGUUUUGUCAUGCAACUUUCGCAUGAGCCAGAAGGUCUGGAAUGAGGGCCUGAACAUCGCAAGUUUUGAGAAGGCUCCUGAAUGCUGAAUCCGCAUGAGAAGUGCCACCUUCCGAUAUACUCAAAGUGAGGACUUUUGCUGGUCACGCAAUGCAGAUUUUUGUGUCGACCAGAGUUAGCGUGACAAACUCGGACUCUUCCAGACCCAGACAUAUUUGCAAUGCAUAAAUGCAGCGCCAGUACCAAGCUCGCACGACGCUUAUGAAAUGCAAAAGUAUCGUACUAGUAUAAAUCGCAUGACAAAUUCCCUCAGCAUGAAAAAUGGAAUUUGUAAUGCGGAUUUAGGUUAAGAUGGAGAUUUGUAAUGCAUGAAUGCGAUUACUACGAGUACGAUACUUUUGCACAGGAUAACGCUCGACACGGAGCAAACUUUCGAUGGUUGUGCGGGGGUCCUUUACAAGCACACCGCGAUCUUUUCUACGCACGACAAGAUUGUGGAGAACGCGUGUGUGAAUCUCGAUUUUUUCCGGGACUGGUACGUGAACGAGCACUACAGUUGGAAGGCGAAGAAUAUCCUGUGCAAAAGUAUCUGAUCUGGUAACCAAAUGCGUGCGCGCGCGCGCGCAGAGCGCGCGCCGGCCCACGAAGCCGGCGCGCGCGCUCUGCGCGCCUGCGAUAUUGCUUUAGCAAACGCAGCGCGAAGGCACUUGCCGUUACCAUAUAGGGCAACCGCCGGGAGGCGUGAAGGUCAGGGAAAUGGCCAGAAAUGAAGCGGGAGAAGGGAAAAAAAGCGGACCAGAUGGGAAAAUGGCCAGGAGGUCAAAAAUGUCGCAAUAACGGCAGAAACCAAGCGGGAGAAGGUGAAAAAAGAGCACUUUUGCGGUCUGGCCCACUUCGUAUCUGAAAAAGAGACGGACUAUUUUUUGCUCCGCCCGCUGGCCAGCUGCGUUGGAGAAGCAGGCCCGCGACCUGUUCGGAAGCCUUGGGUCGCUUCGUAACUGGAAAAAGUUGGAAAAAAAUGGCAAAAAAUUGCUUCAUAACGUGGGUGGAAGCAAUCGUCGGACUUUGUGCAAAUCACCCGGGCCACUUGGAAAAUGGGAAAAGAUGAAAAAUUGCGCAAAAGCGCAAUCCCUUCGCAGGCUUCAAAACUGCCACCCAGGUGCGGGCGGCGAAAAUGUCCAGGCCGCCCGGGCCACUUGGAAACCAGAAAAAGAUGAAAAAUUGCGCGAAAGCGCAAUCCCUCCGCAGGCUUCAAAACUGCCAGUCAGCUGCGGUCGGUGAAAAUGUCCAGGUCGCCCGGGCCACUUGAAAACCAGAAAAAGAAAAAAAAAUGCGCAAAAACGCAAUCCCUCCGCAGGCUUCAAAACUGCGAGGCAGCUGCGGUCGGUGAAAAUGUCCGGAGCCCUUCGGCCACAUAGAAACUUGAAAAAAAAGGAAAAAUUGGCAAAAGUUGAGAACCCCCGGCAGGCUUACAAACUGGCCACCAAGGGCGGUCCGGCGGGCGCGCGCUUGCGCCAUACCAUCGCGAUUGGGGAAAAAAAAAUGCAUUAGAAGCGGGCGGAGGCAUGUCCCAAAAUCCACGUUUGCUCUGGGUUGUGGGCACCAAUUCGGGACCUCCGCCGCGUCUGAAAUGCCCGACUUUGGUGGCCCAGCAGGGUCCGCGGGUUUGUGGUUUCGCACAUACCUUCCUGGCCAGGGGGCCAGUUUGUCAUGCAGGGGGCUAGAAAGGAUGCCCCGCUGCGAAAUAGCAGACCGGAUUUCGCCUGCGAUGCUUAUCGCAGGAGCCUGCGGGCCGCCGCGGGCUCCACCACUUCCCCGCGGCCCCGAUAAGCUUUGAAUGCGAAUCCGGAAGCCCUCGAUGACCCAGAUACCUUCCUGGCCAGGGGGCCAGUUUCUCACGCAGGGGGCUUGAAGAAGAAGUAGUGGGACUGUAAUCAAAAACAAAUAGCCCCAAAGCGCGGCCCGCAGGGCCGCGUUUUCGCCGCGCGGCUGGUUAGGCUUUCGCGCUGGUUAGAUUUUCGCGCACGCAUUUGGUUACCAAUAUCGCCCUCCGGGCGCGACCUUCAUACUCGUAUUGCAGUCAUGCAUUACAAAUAUACAUCCGCAUUACAAAUUUCAUUUCUCAUGCUGAGGAAAUUUGUAAUGCAUUCAUUAUACGAGUGCGAUACUUUUGCACAGCAUAAAGAACCCGGUGGGAGCGAGUUUAGCUGAGAAGAAAGCGAGGGAAUACACGAUUCUCUACAAAAACGUCUACUUGUUCCACGACGCUUUAGACAAGGCACAUUUUGUCCUAAACUAUUGCGUCACGAAACAACAGGAAGUGUAUGAAUUGCUAAAGGACAACAAGACGCUGUACGACUGCACACAACCAUUGAAAGUCGUUGAUCCGUGCUUCGUAUGGAUUGCAAAAAUGUCUGGGUCUGGAAGAUUGCAACUUGUCAUGCUAAAUCCGAAUGAUCAUGCAAAAAUCUGUGUUGCAUGAGUGCCAAAAGCUGUCCACUUUCGAUCAAGUUGGGAGGGAGUUCCUCAUGGUGGAUUGGGGGCAUGACAGAGACCUCACAGAGUCUGUAAUGCUAGGCUCUGCAUUCCAGACCUCAUGGGUCAUGAAAGAUCUGCAUGACAAGUCUACACUCUUCCACACCCAGACAUUUUUGCAUUUGAUACUUCGUGGUCGGAACGAACGCAACGGCAACCGGAGGGGAGGAUCUCCUUGAAGACCCCCGCCGCCGUGGUCGCAACACCCGAAAAACAACCGCUAGCCCGAGCGAACAGGAGCUGCAAAAGGAGUGGUUGAUGAAGAACUUCAAACUCCGGUCCGGGCUUUUGCUGUUAAAAGCGAUGGAAUUGCUGAGUCUGGUGGACUCGAAGGCGUUUGAUAAAGUGGAGAUAGUAGAGGAUGAAGAGGACGAUUUUGACGACGACGACCAUGAUAUGAACGCAGAAAAUUAUAACGACCUUGCGAGGGUGAAGGCGCAGUUCCAACCGGAGUACGAAGUUUUAGUCAACGACUACAACAACGCGUUGGCCGCGUUGUCCACCGCAGAAAAAAUCAACGACAAAGACCUCUACCACACCAUCGUCAAGAGCCAAUUCACGAUUCCGCAGUCCCAACUGUUCAGCGAAACAGGCGCUUCCUUCGAGACUUUUUCCAAAAUGAUUGACGCGAAGAAUGCCGCGGCGGAGAAGGCCGCAGUUGCGUCUUUGACCGGGUCGUUUCCACCUAAUCCUAAAGGCGGGGGAAAUACUACAAUCAACGGUCUUUCCGUGGAUGACCUCGCGAAAAUCGCCCGGAAGGCCAAGGAUGAGAAAACACUGGAGCACUUUGAGCGCCUUGGGAUCAGUAAAAAACACUUCGAUUCUGACGGAGACCGGUACCGGGAGAACUACGUGAAGUUAACUAUCCUGAGUAAAAACGUACCCACACCAUAGUUGUCAUGCAAAUCUGCAUGCUUAAAAUGUUUGUCAUGCGGAGCCCCAUGAGAAGCAUUUUCUAAGGGUGUUUUGAAAUUUGUCAUGCUCCAAUCAGCAUGAGAGACUAGAUCUGUAAUGCUGCUGAACUAGCUCAAACAGCACUACACUACGCGUCCAAAUUUGUCAUGCGAAACAAGCAAAGUUGGCCGAUUUGUCUAGCAGAUUUUCCAUCUUGACUCUGGUGUGGGUACGUUUUUACUCAGGAUAUUAACCGGAUGGGUGCCUCUGAUGAAAAACUCCUGUAUGGAAGCGUCAGGUUUGAAAUCGACAAAGUUGAAAUGAUUUGCCAUGCAUAAAAUGGAUGCCAGGCGUGGCCCAGUUUCCAAGUGGCGCAUGACAAAUUUGGGUAGAACCGAAAUCCAGUUUGUCAUGCUGUUUGGGUAAGGAAGACGCCUUUUGUCAUGCUACUUUAGCAGCCCUAUUUCUACCCCUCAACAGGCUUCGAAUCUGCCUCCCUUGCCUAUUCUGCAAGACAGCCACUUUGUGGGUUGCAUUUUAUGCAUCACAAACUAUUUCAACUUUGUCAAUUUCAAUCCUGACGCUUCCAUAUCCUGCCUCGUGAAGCUGAAGGGCAUUCCCGGGGUGGAGAAGGUGACAAAAAACGAACAGCAUUGGGUAGAUUUUGACAACGAGUUGGAUUCGUUUGGUUCGUUGUUCCGGGAGUUGGUG